AUGUCAGGCAUAGUCGAUCUCGACCGGGUCGUAAGAGAGCGGUUCUUCGUGUUCAUCUUCGGGGGCGCGCGCGGGAGCGCAGGGAGUGAGGACAGGAUCCUCUUCGAGGUCUGGAGCGCCGUCCUCGCCAGGGAGAUCUACCGCGCCCACGGCGCCCUCGGGGGAACGGCGGUGAUGCUCGGCUUCGACGACUACGACUUCCAGACCCUGGUGCUUGACGAGAGGGCCCAGGCGGGCAAGGCGGGGGCGGAGAGGCCCCAGGAUGGCGGCCAGCGCGGCCCGCGCGCGGCGCGGACACUCUCGUUCCGGCUGCCCCCCGGCGACGGCGCGGACAGCGCUGGCCGCGCCGGCGGCGCGGCGGGCGGCGACGCUGCCGGGGAAGCCGCGGCCGAGCUCCUCGAUAUGCAGUUCGACUACUGCCAGGACUUGGACAUCGCCAUGGGCCUGGCGGAGGUGCUCGCGGAGGAGCUCCAGGAGGCCCGAGCCUCUGCCUGGGAGGCCAGGCGCCCUGCCGUGCCGACGGUGGCGCAGGAGGUCGAGACAGAGGUCGACGCCAUCCCCGCGGUGCCGCCCUUCCCGUCGCUGGAGGCGGGCGCCAUGGGCAGUGGCAUCGAUGGCGGCGUGGGCGUUUGCGUCGCCCCCCAGUGUGGCCCAUCCGAGCCGUGUGCUUCGUCUCCGGACGGGCGGUGUGCUGGGCCCGACGGCCCUGGGGCCAUCGCGCGGACGAGGCAGUGCUGGUCGGCCACGCCGGCGGCCAACCGAGAGGCGCACGACCGGGCGGCGGCGGUACGGGAGCGACGCCACGCAGAGAGGCGGCUCGAGAGCGACGUGCUGCUGCCGAAGGGCGAGCGCGUGAGAUGGCCCGACGCGGAGGGCCUUCCCGACGAGCCGAGGGAGCCGGCCUGGGGCAAGGAUCCGCCCUUGAGGGGCCCUUCCCAGGGCGAGCAGUGGGCUCGUCUGGCAGCCACGUGCAGCAGGGCGCAAAUUGGGCCCAUGCACCACCAGUUCUUGGGAGCGACGCUACAGAAGCUGGUGCAGCGCCUCGUCUGCCUCGAGGGCCUCGUUCAGCUUGCUGAGGGCAUUGCAAUGGGAAGAGAAAGCCCGCAGGUUCUGAAGUUGAAGGCAGUCGGGUCCGCGGGCGAGCACCGUGCACCCUCUGCCCUGAAGUCGCGCUCCCGCUCGGCGCGGCGGCGCUUGCUGGAGCAGGCCGGGCAGAGGCUCCAGGCGCUGCAGGCGGAUAUGGACCGCCUGCGCGCCGAGGCCGAGCGGCGCGCGGAGGGCCCCGCGUCGCCCCCGCGCCGCUGGCUCCCGCGGCAG